GUAUGGGCUGCUUUAAACUUUAUUUAAUUUAGGAUGUAUCAAUUUUAUUAAAAGUACUCAGUGUUUUGGAUUUACUUUAUAUACAUUGUUAGUUAUCAUAGGCAGUAAACUGUGUUUUUAUGGCAUGUGUUUGAAAUUGAAAAAUGCCGUUAUUGUAAGUUAUAACGUUAGAACAUUUUUUUUGUUGAGCACUGUUGCAGACAGUUUUCUCAAGUUGGCCCCAGAUCAGCAGUCUGAAGCUGUGAAGCUUAUCCAAGGUCUUCAGUCAGUUCUAGUCAACCAGUUACCUAUUGAUAAUGAUUCUCAAGACAUCUCUAUGUUGGAAAAAAAACAGAUAGGGGAGCAUAUCAGCAGUCUUCUUUUUCAGAAAUUAAAUGGUUCUUUUGUUGCGAGUUCUGAUUCAUCUACAUGUGAUAAUAAUGCCUUUAGUCAAGAGGUCAAGGCUGAUAACAGAACUUCUGAAGAACUUUGCCUCGGACCCUCUGCCAUGUCUCCAAAGUUUGUUACUGAGCUACAUAAAUUCUUAAACACAAGGACUUUUGAAGUACAAGAUCAUUCAGACAUUACUGAGAAAACAAACAAACCUCCAGAAGAGGAAAUUAGAGAAAAAUGUGAUAUUAUGCAGUUUGCAAUUGAGGCAAAGAAUUCCAGUGUCUUACACAUCAAUUCAUCAGACUUUAAUAGUCUUUUAACAAAGAACAUUGAGAUUUCUGAAUCACAAACACAACUUCAGGGGCAGAAUGUUUCAUCUAGCUUUAGCUCUUUAGGAGCUGAUACCUCAGAAAUCUCUCAAGCAAAAAAUAUGCCAUUAAUCCACGUUUGUGACGUUGGUUUUGCCAAUACAAAAUGUAGCAAAUGCAACGUAGAAGAAUUAGCCUUAUUCCAAAGCCCCAAUAAUAACUCCAGACAGCAUUGUAGUCAAAAGGCUAGUCUAAUAAAAGGUUAUGAAGAAACAGUCACACCAUUAGCAAAGUCUUUAUGUGUGUCUGAAAGGCCUAUUAAUUUUUCAGAAGAGAAAAAAAUCCUUCCUAUAGAAAAGAACUGUGUUAAUGCAAAAGUAAAAAUUACAAGUGAAUCACCUAGGAAUAACAAAGAUUCUGCCAAAAACAUAAAGGUGUCAAAAAAUGUUAAUUUAAAUGUUGAAGAUUCUCAAAAAGUAGUAAAAUGCAAGCCGAAAAAGACAAAAACUAAGUUGAGUUCAAACAUUCCAGAAAGUGUAAAAACUAUAGAAAAACAUAAUAGCAAAAAGGAUAAAACUGUACUGACAGUUUCUAGUAGAGGCCGGCCCGUUAGACAAAGAUUGUACUGCAUAGGUGAAUUGUUUUCAGAUGAUGAAAAAUUUAAUGUAGGUCGAUCAAAUUCUUCUGAGAAAAUUACUUUAAAGUACAAAAAAUGCCCACAAGUUUUGACUAGACACAAGUUAGUGAAGCAGAAGUGUCGCAGAAAGACUGUGAUCAUUUCUGAAAAAAAACUGAUAGUAUCUUGCAGGUUGUGUAAAAAGAGUUUUGACAACCUUGACAGCUUAAAAUUCCACGAGUGCAAGCCUAACUCAAUACCAGAAAAUAGCAGAGUUUUAAACUGUGAAUUGUGUGGUCUUCAGUUUUCUCAUCAACAACAUCUUCAGAAACAUAUACAAGGUCAUGAACGUAAUAACUGUAGGAUUUGUAAUGCUAAGUUUACGAAAAAAAAAAUCCUCUGCAAACACAUGAGAACUACCCACAAAAUUGCUGAACCUGAAAAGCUCUAUGAAUGUCCAUUUUGUGAGCGCCAUUUUUUUAAACGACCUUCACUUCUUUCACAUUUAAAGGAACAUGCAAAUGGAAAAAUAGUUUGUAAAAAGUGUGGUGAAAUGUGUGAAAAUGAAGAAUCUUACAGUUGGCACAUGGAAAAGCAUUUGGAAGAGUACAAGUUUCAUUGCAGUCAGUGCAAUGAAAGCUUUGCAAGACGUCAACAGUAUGAGAAACACAUGUUGGGUCAUGAGAAACAUGGUUGUACUAUCUGUGGAAGUAACUUCUCAACAAAGAAAUACCUUAUUAAACAUCACCAGGUUGUUCAUAAUAUUCAUGUGAAAGAGGAAAAAAAACAUAUCUGUACAACUUGUAAUAAAAGAUUUCACAGACCAACUCUACUCAAAAUACAUCAGCGAGUCCACACAGGUGAAAAGCCUAACAAGUGUUCAGAAUGUGACAAAAAUUUCCGCACAGCUAAGGCAUUAUCAAUCCACAUGAAAACAGCUAGUCAUUUAAAAAUUGCUGGUAAAAUUAAUGUAGAGAAAGUGCAGUUAGAGAAGCCAUAUCUUUGUGCUCAAUGUGGAGCAAAGUUUUGCGCUAGACAAGGACUGCAGCGUCAUAUGCAGCAGCUACAUUGUGAUCUUAGACCUUUUGAAUGUCCAUAUUGUGACUAUAAAUGUAAAUGUAAAACGAACUUGAAACGCCAUAUAGAAUUCCAUACUGAUAAAAGAAGAUUUGUAUGCGAGUUUUGUGGAGCUUCUUUUCAUGCAUUUGCAACUUUGAAAGAGCACAAUGCAUAUGUUCAUUCUGAUGUAAGAGACUAUGUAUGUGAACAGUGUGGAAAGGGAUUUAAAGGCAGGAGUGGUUUAAAAAGACAUAUGAGAAUUCACAGUGAUGCCAGACCAUACCUUUGCUUCUGUGGUCAGUCGUACAAACGAAUGUCGCAUCUGAAGAGACACAUGAUUUCUUCUCAUCACAUGCAGUUUAAAAGCAAAAGAGUGAAAAAAAUUUAUUCUGAAGAUUGUUCUGAUGGGGAAACCAAUCUUAGUUCCCAUGAGCUGUCAGAACUUGCAGGAAUUUCAGAGGGGGACCUGAAUGAAACUUGUGAAGGUUUAACUGUGGUUUUGACAAACACUGGUGGUUUGGCUCUGACACAGUUACCGUGGGAAUUGGAUGACUACAUUCUUCUCAAAGUACCAACUCCUCAGGAGAACUUUGAAGUAUCCUCUUCACUGCCAGAUACUGAUUCCAAGUGUGUAGCUUCUACAUAUUCAAAACAGUUUUCUACAGUACUGUCAUCUCCUCUGGUGUCUCUGAUACAGAAUCAAGGACAACCAACUCAUACAUUGAAUGUUUCUGAUGCUGAUAAUAAUUUAACAAGGCCAGAACAACCUACCCUUUCAUCCACUUGCUUUGAAUUGCCAAUUAUACAGGCAUCAUCACAGCAUUCUUCAUUGGUUUUAUCUUCAGGUGCAGAGUCACAUUUUGUUCCUCCUUCAGCUUAUUCAUUGAUUUCUAACCCUACUGUCAAUGAUACCAACUCUUUAGUUACUCUGUCAGUCACAGAAGAUGUCUCUCCCAGUUCUCUCACAGGUUUCACAUUUAGCCAUUCCAGUCCUCAUAAUCCUACUUCCAAAGUUCAUGACAGUCCUCUGCUUUCUCUUCUCUCUAAGGAAGAUGGAAAAACUUAUGAUUUUCAUUUGUAUGAUAAGCUAGAAUCAGGAUUGUUGACUAAUCGUCAAUUGUCUGAUUUAUCUCAACGCCUCCUUCCAGUUGGUUCUCAUCAAGAUACAGAAAACACAACCAUUGUGUGGACAACACUUUCAGACCAGACAAACCCUGACACAACACCAGUAUUAGAUGUUGAUCAUUGUAAAGACAAUUCAGUUAGUUCUGAUGUACUCAAACUGUGUUCUUCCCAACUUCCACAGGUAACUUCCAACCUCUUCAGCUGUGCUAUCCCAACCGUUUCAGAGCAUCAGAUUAGUCCAGAAUUGUCAACACAACAAGAUAUUGUUAGUUUUGACACAGGAGUUCACCAGUUUGUCUCCAUGUGAAGUUUCUAGUAGAUGUUUCAUCAGAUAUAUGACUGAAAAGUGAAAUAAAAUGGAGGAAUUUUAAAUUAAAUUUUUUUGGUUUAGUGUUUUCAGUGAAUCUACAUUGAUGGUGAUAAUUUGUAUAGUUUAUGAAUUCAUCAUAACUGCCUUGUUUCUCAGACUUAUAAAGGAAGGGUAUACUCUUUUAGUUCAAUUCCUUCAUAUGUAGCAAUAUCAAAUUAUACUUUAAAUAUUCUAGUUUAUUAUCUGUUGAAAUGUUAAUAUAGAUUUACUGUAUGAAAUUAUGAUGUUUUGUUUUAGGAGAACAAGAGAAUUUCUUAUGGACUUGAAAUUGAUGAAAAACAGUUUAUGCAUUCUAUAUAGUAAUUAUUUGUACAGAACAAGAUCUUUCAAAUUUUCUGCUUUCACUGAUUUUAAGUGGUAAGAAGAGAUCCACGUACAUGAUAUAUCAUGACUGUUCACAGAGUUUUACUCUUUAAAUGUCCUCCCUUUAAAAUAUAUUAUCAUCAUUGGUAUCCCAAUGAGUUAUUUGUUUCAAAUGUUCUCUUACAAAAGACGUUCAUACACUGUUAUUGUGCUUGUCCAUUGGUGCUGAAAGUGUUGUUGUCUGUGCAUAAUGAAUAUCAGUCUUGUAGGGAAAAACAUUAACAAUAUUGUGAAAGAGUGAUGAUGGAAUAUGAAGACUGGAUGUGACUGAGACUCUUUGGUGUAAUUGGUGCUCUCUGUUAUUAUAUCUAGGCUUAGUAUGGAUAAUUAUUUUAUUACAGUUACUUGUACAAUGGGAGAUCUGCUCUUGGUGUUUUUAGAUUAUUGAGGUAAUAGGAAAGGAAAGUACCGCAUUGGCCCGAUUAUAGGGCGAUCUUGAAUAUAAGGCAACCCCCAUUUUUAGAAACCAUGGAAAAGAAAAAAUAAUUGAGUGUCAUAACGUCCUUUUUGUAGGUCCACAAAAUCAAUACUAUAACUGAACAGCUUGCAGGUGGAUUAGUUGCAAGAACUAGCAAUGAUCUUAAUUGAACAUCUGAUGCGCAUGCGUAGACGGAUACUAUCUGGACAUUCAGGAAUGCGACAGGUUAGAUCAGGGGGAAGGGGCCUGUAGUCGGGUGCGAUUAUAAGGGGACUACGAAUUUUACAACCUAAUUAUUAACCAAAAACCAUCACCUUUUAAUUGGGCCAAUAUGGUAUUUUAACCAAGUGUUAUGAAGAACCUUUUUCUUGAUCAUUAAUUAGCUAUUAUUUUGUUUUUAUCGCUAGUUGAUUGUAGGUCACUAAGAGUGCUUACUACAUAGGUUGUAUCAUGUGAGCAUACACACUUAACACAAGUCUCUAAGUGUAAGGUUAGGAGAAACACUUGUAGAUGAGUGGACUGCAAUGGUGUAAAAAAAUGUUUUUUUUUCACUUUUCUAGAAAGUAAUGUUUUCACUCUUUAGCCGACUUUAACACUACUGUUUUGACUAUAAUUUCAUUUAACCUUAUGCACAUGGGUAAGGGUCAAAGUGCACAUUCCAUGACCUUUCAACAUGGUUUUUGACAUCAGAGUUAUCAACCAUUCAAUUUACCCUACAUUACUGAUUUAGUAACAGUUCAUGGUAGAAGAGAGUAUAUACCACAUACAAUAUACAGGGUAAGUAAAAGAAAAACCUGUAGAUAUACAUUUCAGGGGUUUAUAGAGGUUAUGCAACUUUAAUACGUAAACUGUAUAAUGGACAAAAUUAUUUUUAUUCUUCACAAGAACAUUACCUUUCACUGUGACUUGUCAGAGUCUGAGUCAGACUAAUGUUAUUUUACAGAUAUAUCUAAUUUUUGUAUACAGCGGACUUGUACAUUUUACUUGAAGCUUGCUACGUUUUGUGUAGGUACACUUUGUAAAUUCAAAAUUAUAGUAAGUCCAAUGGACCAACCCUGUGCUCAUGCAGUUACCAGUUGAUGAAGAAAUUACAGAUUUACUUUCUAUGCUCUAGCAUCGGUAGUGACAUUUGUACAUGGACAUCAAAAAACUACAUUUAGUUUUUUAAAAAAGUAUGAUGAUGGAGGUUUUUAUAUACAUAUAAAUAAAUAAAAAUGUAUAUGUAUAAUUUAAGAAGUCAGAUAAGAGUAAACGGUUGGUGAAAUAUUGUUUUUCGUGUCAUCAUUGAAUUAAACUGUGAUUAUGUGUAUAAUAAGGUGAGAGGUUUGUAAAGACUAAGUAUUUUGAAACUAUACAAUAUUGAAUGUAUUCUGUGUAUAAUGUUAAUGAAAUAUAGUAUUGUAUUUUUGUUAAAAGAGUUAAAUAAGACUUUUGAACCUAUUGUGAAGCCGAGAACAUUACUUAGAAUAGUAUAUUUUUAUAGUUGAGACUUUAAUGUAACAAAGAAAUGCAUAAAAGCUGUUUGGGUUUACUUGUGCUGAAGCACAAUAUUCUUUGUUUCAAGGACAUCCUUUAAUUACUAUGCACGUAGUUAGAAGUAAUUAACUUUUUGUUUUCCAGGAUGCUUUACAUCUGUACAAUUCUUUAAUAAUGCACUUAGUAUUUUUCAACAGUUUUUACUUAACUAUUUUCGUUGUCUUUCAAUGUCAAGACAAGCUUUCUGGUUUGCCAAUUCUUCUGAAUGACAGUAAAGUUAAUUCAGAUAAAAUAAUAAUUAUAAUUAAUAAUCAGUAUUAGAAAUAAAUAAUAUUACGUUAUUAAUCCCUAACCUAAUUCUGAUUUGUAAAGGACUUAAAUAAAAUUUAUAAGAAUUACAAUCCACUUAAUGUAAUUCAUACCAAAAUAUUUGUUCAUGAAAUUGAUGACAUCAUUCGUGCCUCGACCACUACUAUGUCUGUUGUAUUCCAGCGGGCUUGAUGAACCCUGGUAUUGGGUGAAAAGUCUCAUCAGCACUGGAUAUGACAUAUUAUUACAUGUUUGUAAUUUCUUUCACUCGUAAGUUCUUUGAAUGAUAAAGGAAAAUGUUUAGUUUGUCUGUAUGUGUAUAGGUUUUCAUACAAGCAUAAAAAUACUACAGUUCAAGUCUAGGUAGUAGACUUUUAGAUGUAAAUGACUACCCAUAUUUAUUCAGUAAUUUCAAAUACAACAAUAUACAAACAUUGCUAUGUUGGUGAUUUUGUUAUGCAUUGUAAAUGACUACCUAUAUUCAUUCAGUAAUUUCAAAUACAACAAUGUACAAACGUUGCUAUGUUGGUGAUUUUGUUAUGCAUUGUAAAUGACUACCUAUAUUCAUUCAGUAAUUAUAAAUACAACAAUGUACAAACAUUGCCAUGUUGGUGAUUUUGUUAUGCAUUGUAAAUGACUACCAUAUUCAUUCAGUAAUUAUAAAUACAACAAUGUACAAACAUUGCCAUGUUGGUGAUUUUGUUAUGCAUGGCAGUGUUUCUCAGAAAUGUAGUCUUUUUCUCUGUUGCAUAAAAUGAAAUGCUAUUGAUUUUAAAUCAAAAGUAUACAAAUUCAUAAUUGCAUAAAUAGAUCUUAAAUUACCUUACAUGUUAUCAUUAUUCUUUAUGUCCUCAGAAUUAAUUUAAUUUUUUAAUUCUGAAGUGAUUUAGUCAGAAUUCGCUGUUGCACAGUAUAUUCUUUCCUUAUUUGGGUUAUACCAAAUAGAAUACAUUUAAAGAAUGAUCUUAUGCACAAGCAUGCAGUUGUUAAUAAUUUGUAAGGCUGAGGGUUGUAAAAUGGAAAAAUUUUUUAGUGUUUUUGUAGCUUAUAAUAAUUACUUCUUGAGGUGUGUAUGUGGAAAAAUAGUAAAAUAACAGUAGCUCCAAAACAUUGAAUUACUGUUUAAUAUAUAUGCAUGAUAUAUUUAGAUAGGUAUAUAAAAUCUUCAGAGAUAUCAGUACAGAUAAUAUUUACUUAUAUAUAUAAGCAAUAAAUAGGGAUAAAUAUUAAUUCAAGAUAUCUUUCUCUCCCAGUGUUCUUUUGAAUGUUGGAUAUGUUACAAAAAACUCAACUUGUGUAUGUGUGCACUAGGACUGUAUUAUCAGUUUCAUUGGGGCUGUAUGCAGCUGGGGAUUUUUAAAGUGAUUUUUCUUUAUUUUAUAAAAGCGUUUGGUAGUUUUGAACACCAAAUCUCGAGACACCUAGCUUUCCAUAUUGAAAUAAUGACUAUGUAACUUAAAUUCCAAGCAGAGAUGAGAUUCCAAUGUAUUUUUUAUUUAUGUAUUUCUGAAUUUUUUUAAAAAGGUUAGUGUGUGUGUGUGUGUGUGUGAAACACCAACAACAACAGAAAGUUUUAAGAAUAAACUUUUAAAGAGUUUUCUGAGGCUUGUAGCAAGGAUCUUGCUCAUUUUUUUAAAUAUUUCCCUUUCUUAUUUGAAUACUUCUCCAUAGAAGUAUGGAAACCUCAUCACAGUUUCAUUACUGACACAAAAAACAGCAAAUAAUGUUUAAGACAGUACAAAUUCAUAAAAUUUUGCUAAGGAUUGUGAUGAUUUAGUUAAGGAUAUAAGUAUAAUGAAAGUGAUUGUAAAUGUGUCACACAGAUCUUGUGUUGUAAACGUGUCACAUCAUUAUAGGUCUUAUGACUUUACAUAUAUGUGUAGGUUUUGUUAUUAUCAUGUAUAAUACAUUUGAUAAUUGUACAGAUUUCAUCACUAGUGAGGAAAACAAUUUAUAAAGUUUCUUUUCCGUUUAGGGCGCUCGACUCACAAUCUGAGGGUUGCGGGUUCAAAUCCCCAUCCCACCAAACAUGCUCACCCUUUCAGCCAUGGGGGUGUUA